AUGUCUUUGAUCGUAGUGCCUCCUCCUAGAUCUUCUUCACUACGACGUCCACGGGCUGGUUGGAUGACAAAGAUGAUGUUACCUUGUCGAGGCAUUGGCAGCACCAAGACCCGGUGGCAUAGACGAUUCUUUGUAUUGCUUGAUACAGAGCUCCGAUGCUAUAGAAAUGAGCAUAUAGAAACGCCAACGUACGUUAUCAACUUGGAAGAAAUGUGCCAAGUGGUGACUCUUACUAGUAGCAGUAGCCGACCCUACUGCUUUCGGCUUGAGCCAAUUAUCAAGCAAGGCAACCGACCACUGACACUGGCAUGUGAAUCAUCCGAGGAAAUGGCUAGCUGGGUCGAAGCGAUACGAUCUCGAUUACUACCAUCACCUAGCAACAGCCCUAUAUACACCAAAUCCAUAUCCACCUUUGAUAGCAACAAGCGACAAGCAUCAUUGACACGUCGUCGUGGGGUGCUCUUAUCACCCAUCAUGGUUCACCCACUGGAUGACAUGCCUGGAUUAUGGGAUGUUGUACGACCUGGAGAUUAUGCAGCAGCACCGUCCUCACCCAGCAUCCUUUCCUCACCCACUACAAUCACGCUUGCUCAACCAUCACCACCUGUGCUCCUCACACCUUGUAACAAACAUGAAUCACCAACCAUCUUUACGUAUCGUCAACAUAAAAAGCAACCUUCAUCAGGAUUCCUUGUUCCUCCACCACCACCACGAUCACCAUCAGCGGUCUCUUGUUCAAGCCCUUACUCCCCCACUUUUAUAGAAUACAAAGAACGCUUCAACUUGUAA